UAUAAUAUUUUAAAACCUCAUUUUAAAUAUUUUGAGUAUCAUUUCGAUUCAGAAGGAUAAAUGAAUGGUGACGUGCAGAACAAGACAUCUUGAUAUCUGAAUAUCUGAACUAAUUUUUCGAACUAUUUUGGCACGGAAGCAAGAAGUUGCGGUUAACCGUUUCAAUUUUUGCGCGGAAAGGAGAGUUCGAGACUGGAUUAUAAAAUAAAAUCGCGGUAAUUUCCCAAUACCGAGCACUCUUGGAGCUCGGAUUUUAAGAUUUUCAAGUACAACUUUACAUUUGGGAUUUCAUGUAGGUUUUUUUACAGAAAUAAAAUGCUUUAUGGAAAAAUUGUUGUAAUUAAGAGAAAUGGUGCAGAUGGGGCCCAUUUUCCACUGACAGCAACGUCAUGUUUGAUUGGAAGAAGUAAUGAUUGUGACAUCAGGAUUCAACUGCCCAAUGUUUCCAAGGAGCAUUGCAAGAUUGAUGUUAAUCAGGAAGGGCAGAUUUUUGUCACUAAUUUGAGCACUGUGAAUCCAACAAUGGUAAAUGGAACCUCCUUAACCAAGACCAUGCUGAUUGGGCACAAUGAUGUUUUCACAGUUAUAGAUCGUUCUUUUCGGUUUGAGUUCCCGCCUGGAUCACCGUACAGAAAUGUAUCCCCAUCAAAGGCAGUACCAGCUAAGAUUUUAACUCCCAAGGCAAAGAGCCCAGCACCUUCUAAAGUUUUGACACCCAUGAAGAAGCCUCCAACUCCCAAGCCUACUGGAGUUGAAAAUGUAGCCCCUCAAACUCCAGGUUCAGCAAAGAAGACACCUGUAUCUAAAGGAAGAUCACCUUCUCCGAAAAGACCAGCCACACCCAAGGCUGCUACUCCUAAAACAACACCCAAGGCUGCGACUCCUAAAACAACACCUAAGGCUGCUACUCCUAAAACAACGCCUAAGGCUGCCUCUCCAAAAGCUGUUAUCCCUAGGGCUACACCUAAAGUUGCUACGCCAAAAGCCAACACCAAGGCCGCAACACCCAAGGCUUCCCCUAAGGCUGCUACACCCAAAGCUUCCCGUAAGGCUGCUACACCAAAAGCUUCCCCUAAGGCUGCAACACCAAAAGCUUCCCCUAAGGCUGCAACACCAAAAGCUUCCCCUAAGGCUGCAACACCAAAAGCUUCACCUAGGGUUGCUUCACCAAAAGCUUCACCUAGGGUUGCUUCACCAAAAGCUUCACCUAGGGUUGCUUCACCAAAAGCUUCUCCCAAGGCUGCUACACCAAGAGCUGGCACUCCUAAGGCCAGCCCCAAGGCUACCACUCCUCAGGCUCUCACACCUAGAGCAGCUUCUCCUAAGGCAUCCCCUAAGACCAGCCCUAAAGUGAAAACACCACAGCGGAAGGCAGUGUCUCCUCAAGCCACAACUCCUAAAUCUGCUGGAAAGAGAAAAUCUGUCUCCAGUCCCAAAUCUCCAUCCCCUAAGAGAAUGGCAAGUCCAAAGAAAAGUCCGAAGAGGUUAAGUGCUGGUAAAAAGGCUUCUCCAUUUGGUAGUCCCAGGACACCAAAGGUUGCAGCCCUUAAGCUGGGGAUAACUGAUCUACGCAGGCGUUCUCAGCCUGUAAAAGAGGUCGAUGAAGCUGAAACAGUUUCGCCAAAAGUAACACCCAAAAGGGCAUCCCCUGUGAAGAAAUCCCCAGGUAAAUUGCCAGGCAAAACUCCAGUAUCAGGUCGCAAAAGAAAAGCUUUUGAAUUGCCUAGCCCUGCUCCGAGUGCAAAAAGAAAGAGUGUGUCUUUUGGCCCAGCACUUAGUCCAGAGCACUUUGAUAAGCGUCUACCACCAGCAACUCCAGUUAAGAAGGGUGCAACACCAACCAGAAGACUUUCCGAGGGAGUGUACCAAAAGAAGGGAACCCCUAAAACUCUCCUGAGAAGAUCCAUUGCCACUCCUAGAGUUGCAUCUAUUGCAGAAAGUCCUUCGCCAAAAAAGACCCCUAAGGCUAAGACUCCAUCACCAGCAAAGCGAGCAUCCCCUAAGGCUAAGACUCCAUCACCAGCAAAGCGAGCAUCCCCUAAGGCUAAAACCCCAACUCCAGUGAAGACUACUCCAAAAGCAAGGACACCUUCACCUGCUAAACAGGCUACUCCUAAGGCUAAAACUCCUCCAACUGUUAAGAAAGCCACUCCUAAAGCAAGGACAGCAUCCCCUGCCAAGGUUAAAACUCCCUCACCUGCUAAGACUCCAACUCCAGUUAAGUCUGCCAGUAAGGCAGUAUCUCCCAAAGGCAAGCCAGCAACACCCAAGACCAAGACACCGUCACCAGCUAAGAAAUCAACACCUAAAGCUAGGACACCAUCUAAGGCAUCUCCAAGAACUCCUAAAGGGAAACUAGCAACCCCAAAGGCUGCUACACCCAAGGCUAAAACCCCUGCACCAGUUUUGACGUCACCUGCUUUGAAGAAAACUCCAAAGGGUAAGACACCAGAGAAACAUGUUCAUGUGUUAAAGCCCAUCGUUCUUCACCAUGAAAUGUCUCCAGAAGAAAAAUUCUUGAAACACAAACAAGAAGUAGAAGAAGCUGCUGCUCUCAAGCGAUCAUCUCGUAAAUCUACUUCACCAUUCAAGCGUUUUCCACAAGUUUCACCAGUGGUUUCUGUCAAGGGAGUGGCUAGGCUAUUCAGCACCCCAACACCCAAGAAAUCUGCAACUUCUAAGAAGUCUCCUGCAGCAACCCCUAAGUCUGCAAAGAAAACCCCCAUUAAAAAGAGCCCAGUCAAAAAGGCAACUACACCAAAGGCUGCUAAACCAGCUACACCAAAAGCAGUCACUCUGGAAGCACUGUCAAGCCUUGUUGAUUUAAUGGAAACCCCUAAGGCCAAGACGCCUAAAAAGGCAACACCCAAGGCUAAAUCACCAUCUCCAAAGAAGAGAAGAGCCAGCACUCCAGUGGGAACAAGUGCUAAGAGAAGGAAAGUAGCACCGGCAACUCCAGAACCUUCCUCGGCUAAGAAACUCAAAACUCCAGCAUCAGACGUCAAAAAGGCUGUUGCACUGAGAGCCAUUCAUGGGAAAUCUGCAACACCCAAACUGCCCUCUUCCAUGAAAAAGCAAGCAACUCCUGCUAGGACUCCAAGAGGAUCCCGCACCCCCAAGUUAUCCGUGAAGAAGCCUAAGACUUGGGCAGAUAUUGUGAAAAAGGGAGUGGCUGUCACAGGCGUUGUUGUGCAGAAACCUGCUCCAAAACCAAUGAAGGUGAAGGUUGUUUCAAAGAAGGCUAAAACUCCUGCCAAGGCCAAGUCCGCCAAGAAAGCCCCCAGGACUCCAGCUGCAGUGAGAGGCCAAAUAUCACAUACUGGACAUGCUACCUCCCCAGCUACCAUUUUGAUCCAUAAGAAACUGUUGAAGACGCCCAAAACUGCACCUAGGAAGGGAAGAAAGAGUCCUAUAAAGCCUGGUAAGAAGAUUGAUGCUGCAGAUGUCAGUUUCACUGGUAUUCAGGACAUUUUCAGCACUCCAAAGAGUGCAACACCAAAGUCAACGAAGAAGGGACUUACUCCAUAUUCUGACCUUCCUAAGACCCCUGAAGGUCCAGGAAUGAUGUUUGUGUCCCCUAUGACCACUCCUAGACCUGCAUCAAAGAGACCAAGCACCUCUCCUUUCAAGAGAGGACCAUCUUCAGUAAAGAAAACCCCAGUUAUGCCUAGUUUAACUGGUGUGAGAGAAUUGUUGAAAACGCCAAAACAGCAGCCAGAUGUUAACUAUAGUGGAGUGAAAGAGUUGUUUUCAAGCCCAAAAGCUGCGACCCCGGUCAGAGGCAAAAAGAGGAAAAUUGAUGCCAGGUCACCAUCUCCAGCUGCAAAGAGAGUACGUCCUUCAACCAAGACACCCAAGGCAAAGUCUCCAGCCAAAAUUAAGACUCCUUCUCCAGCCAAGAAGACACCAUCCCCUAAAAAGGCAGUUGGGAGGGCCAGACGAGGUGCCGUGAAACUAGCAGCACCAGUGAAGGAGGUGGAAUCAGAACCAACUCCACAAAAGGUCACUACACCAAAACCAACAAAGGGAAGAAAGGCAGCAGUUAAAAAAGCAUCACCUGUCAUGGCAAGUCCCAAGGCAACGAGAACAAGAAGGGGUGCUAAAAGUCCUGCCAAGUCACCAGCAAAGAAAGCAGCCACACCUGCGAAAGAAAAGGUCACUCCAGUUAAAAAAGCCGUCACACCAGUAAAGAAAGCAACCCCUAAGGCCACAAGAGCAAAAAGGACAAAAGCACCAGCAAAGGCAGCUACACCUGUGAAAGAGGUUGCUGUGGCAGCCACACCAGAAAAAGAACCCACACCCAAGCCUGCACGUAAAGGAAGAGCAGCUGUAAAAAAGGUUACAACCCCCAAAAAGGCCGCCACGCCUAGAGCCUCCAGGUCAAGGAGAGGAGCCAAGGCACAGACCCCAGCAAAGGCUGCCACCCCUGUGAAAGAAGCUGCAGCACCAGCUACUCCAGCAAAGGAACCAACCCCCAAGCCUGCACGAAAGGGAAGAGCAGCUGCAAAGAAAGCUGCUACACCUAAAAAAGCCGCAACACCCAAGGCCUCCAGAACUAAGAGGGGAGCUAAAACCCAAACCCCAGUAAAAGCAGCAACUCCUGCUCCAGAGGUUUCCCCCAAGCCUACUCGCAGGGGAAGAGCAGCAUCCAAAAAGUCACCCUCACCAGUGAAUUCUGCAACAAAGAAGACCUCACGUGCUACAAGUAAAGAAAAGGCAGCAUCACCUGCUAAGCCAGCCACCCCAAAACCUACUCGUACUGCAAAGCAAGAAAAGACAGCAGCAAAAGAGGAACCUGUAGCUGUACCAUCACCAAAACCUGCAAAGAGAGGCAGAUCUGCUGCCAAGAAGGCAGCUACUCCAGUGAAGGCAAAAACCCCUAAGGCUCCCCGCACAAGCAGGCGAGGGAAAACAGCACCCUCUCCAGCCAAGGUUGCCACACCAGUUAAAGCUGUGGCAAAGAAGAGAGCAACAAGUCCACAAAAGGAAGCUACUACUGCACCAACUCCGGCUAAGAGAACAACUAGAAAAGGAGCAGCUGCCAAGCCUAAAACUCCUGCAAAAGCUGCAGCCAGCUGUGGUAAGAAGAGAGCAGCAUCUCCAGUUCCUGAACCAGUGACAUCAAAGGCACAAAAGAUCACAGAAGUUAAGGCAGCAACCCCAGCAAAGAAGACUGCUGCCCAGUCCAAGAAGACCACUUCAAAGAAAGUUGCAUCUCCUGUAAAGAAGGCAGCAACACCAAAGGCUACAAGAUCCAGGAAGGGCAAGACAGCAUCUCCAGCCAAACCUGCCACACCAAAAGUUGGAAGGAAAAAUGCCUUGAAGAAGGCAGCAUCUCCCAAGAAAGCAACACCUGCGUCCAAGAAAACAAAAUCCAAGACAGUUAAAAAAUCUCCAGCACCUAAAAGAGUGACGAGGACAAGGAAAUAGAUGUAGACAAUCACAAUUAUUGAGGAGAUUAAAAAAAGAAAUUGGGAUAGAAUAUUUUAGAUUAUAUUAUUUUAGUUAUUAUUUUUGUUUCUUCCUUGAGAUAAAAUUAUUUUCAUGGAAUGAAUUGUAUUUAUGGGAAUUAUAUUUUAUUGUACAUAUUUUUUGUGUACACUUAGUUACGUAAAGAUUUAUUGUUAAGGUACAGGGGUGUGAAUGACGCACAGGCAAGGAAAGAUUUUACCUCAAAAGCACUUGGAUUUCAAAAAAGAUAAAAAGAAGGAUAGAUUUUAUUGGUGUUAUGAUCAUUAAGGGGAAAAAAUGCACAGUUAUUUUAUUAGAGUCCCCAGUGUUCCACUUAAAAGUGAGAAAGAUGUAAUGGAAGUACUAUGCAUAUUCCACAAUGAAACGAGCAAUUGUAUUACAACACUUGCCUUAAUGGCAUGUAUUCUGUAAAUCUUUGAUGAACACAUGAUUGAACCCAAGCUGGCCAUUAUUUAUUCUAUUACACCUUGGCAGCUCUUUUUUUUUUUUAAAUUCAAGUGUCCAUGCUUUUUAAUUUGUCGAACUAGUUAGUGGUGAAUGAAUGUGAAAUGAAUAACUUGCAUCUGUAGACCUAGUUUCACUCAUUGCGACUUACAUGUCAUGUUGAUCUUGACCAGUAGUUUUGAGUGAUAUAUGGAUCAUUUUAAAACAGUAAAGGAUAAAUAACUUUGAAUUUUUAUUUGUAUAAGUGGUCUGGGAGGUAGUGAAAUUGAAGUUGUUUUCUGUCUUUCCUUUUACUGCAAGACACUGAGUGAGUGAAUGAGUAUUUGAACAGCAGUGGCUACUAUUACAUUCUCUAUAAGAUAUUUUGAUGCUUAAUUUUAUUACAUUUUGUGUGUAAAUAGAACAUUUUAUAAAUUUAGUUUUUGCUUUGCUUUUUGAAUGCUCAAUAUUUUCAACAUCAUUUGUGUAAAAUUAUUUGGGUUUUAGUGGUGGGAGGUCUUAAAGAUCAUUCAAGUAGCAGAAUGUUUGUUUCUUUAAUAAUUCUAAAGCCCACUUUUAAGAAUGUAUUUAAGCGUAAAAUUAGAUUCAUCUUGUACUUUCUGAAUUUUGAGCACUUUUCACAUCUUUUUCAAUUGAAUAACAAACCAUUAAAUCAGAAAUAUGAUCUCAUUGUAACAAAAUGUAAAAACAUUUCAUAAAAAGAGUAAAUGGAUUUGAAUACAUUUACAGAUUUCCUGUACUAACUAUACUAAAAAUAAAUUGCUAUAUUUCAUGGGUACGUGGUA